AUGGAAAUAUUAGAUCUUGGUGCGCCAACGCCGAAAAGCUACACGCCAUCGCAUCUAUCUGUGGCCAAGAAGUCGAAGAGAUCAUCCAACUCCAUAGGUUCCUCCACAACGUCGCUAUCGUCGGGCACCAAGAGCAAAGAAAUACCCCCCAAGGUCCUUCAGCAAGCUGAAUCUUGCAAAAAAGAUAUCCUAGAAGUCAUCAAAUUAAUUCUAGAAGGUAAAAGACUCAGGCAUAGCUAUGAAUGGUACUACAGCUCAGUGGAGCGCUUGUGCAGAUUCAAGCCCAUGGAGCACUCGCAAAUCUCCAAUGUAAUUCUUGAAGAAUUGAAGCGUUAUUACAAUGAGAAUGUCAGGCCAAGGAUAAAGGUAGUCCUCCUAGGCGAAGGUGAAUUGAAUGGCAAGGGACCGCGGCCGCUGCUUCCCAGGAUGAUGGAGCUUUCCAGAGGCUACCUUGAGGUGUACGAGGAUUGGGAAGUAAAGCUAAGGACAAUGACCAAAGUCUUCCUCUAUUUGGACAGGAGCUACUUGAAGCAGCACCCGGUUAAGAUGAUGAUAAUGGAGUAUGGUACGCGUAUAUUAAUUGACGAUUUGACGGAUAAACCGUCAGCGGUGGUUGAUGAAGCAUUGGAGGGAGAACGUGGAGGUGACGGAAGUGACAGAUCAACGAACGAAAGCAUGUCUACUGCUAUACUACAUCUUGCAUCAUCCCUUCUUCAUGCUUCUCGUUUAGCCAAAUUCCAAGAUGAAGGCACCACCAGGGAAGCAGGUGCUCUUUUAUCGAACUUGGUGAAGUUGAAUUUUAAAAAGGAAUUCCCACUUACUCGCAUUUGGAUCGAUAAGGCACUAAUUGACCACUCAGUGAUACUGAAACAAGUCCAGAAAAGUUACCAAAUGAACCCGUUACAGAAGCCCACGUACUUUUACACGUAUAAUUCUUAUCUUAGAGCAGAGCUCAAAUUUAUGAACAAUUGUGGAGAACCCAGAUCUACCCAGCGACAAUUCAAAAGUAAAAUGAAAUGGUGCUGGAUAUUCAAACAACUAAACAGUACGCUUAAGUUAAUCUUACCGGCAACCAGAGUUGAUAUAUCUGGGUUCUCUGAGGAUUCGGUGACGAAGUUGGAAGAUGUUUAUGACUUUUGUAAAGAGGCACAGAAAGAGUACAGUAUGGAUGCCCCAGCGGUGUUUUUCUAUGAAUGGAACCAGAAUGUUUAUAGAGACUUAGAGAAUGAGUUGGAUAAAACUACACUGACGACCACUCCAAAUUCAUCUAUUGAUGCCGUGAUUAGCGUCUGUGAAAAGUACGAAACAGAAAUCGAUAAAGAGAAGCUAAGCGAAGAGAUGUAUUCCAAAGUUCAAUUUGAAACAAGGAAUGCCUUCUUAAACGUCUUUGUAAACUCUCCAGCUUUGAAUGCCAAGGUAAUCACACAGCUUUGCAGUUACUGUGAUACAUUUUUCAAGCAGAAGAGGCACCAACUACUGCAACAGAAAGCUUUCAAAACUACAGUUUUAAAAGUGUUCAAUUUACUUUCCAACAAGUCAAAUUUCUUGCUUCAGUACAAAAGAGAUCUCUCGCGUCGUCUUCUCUUCAAUAAAUCCAUAUAUUUAGACCUUGAACGAGAGCUCAUUUCGGAAUUUUGCUUAGUGGUUGGAGAGGACCACAACCAAGAUUUGAUAUACAUGUUUGAAGAUUUGGUUCAAGAACACGAUAGAUCUGAAGGUGGUGCAAAUACUGCAAUCAACCCAAUAAUUCUUAAAAAGGAAUACUGGCCUGACUUCCCAAGUUAUACCAGGUUAGACAUCCGCCUUCCCGCUGAACUUCAAUCAUUACUUGAAGGUUUCAAUACGAUGUACAUAGCUAAAGAUGAAAGGAAUAACCGGAAAGUUCUAGAUUGGGGCUACUUCAACUACCACCAGGUGACAAUUGAGUCACUAUUUAACCUGGGCAAAAAAGAACUUAUAGUCAACCUUUUGCAAGCUUCUAUAAUCCUCUUGUUCAACACACGGUCAGAGUUAACUGCCAAAGAGGUUGCAGAAUUGUUGGAAAUUGAGUUGAAAAACUCUCAAACUGGGUUGCUUUCCUUGAGCACUCCCAAGUACCCCAUUUUAGCUCAGACCAAUUCAGGAGCCUAUCGCUUGAAUGAAGACUUCUCCGAUAAAUCCACCAAGAUUAAGAUCCCCUUUAAGGGGAACAUUGUGCAUCCUCAUUCGCUGGCGACCGCAUCAGCACAGCCAGAGGAUCCAUUUGACAGGCUCAUAGCCAAGAACCGUACAUCAGAAUUGCGUGCAUUAAUAGCACGCACCAUGAAGCAAGGGCGGAAGAUGAGCUACACAACUCUUUUGAAGGCUACUAUAGACGAAUUGGAAAAGAAAGCCGGAGACGGUACCAUACUGGUAUCAGAAUUGAAGAGUAACGUUGAGUUUUUGAUAGACAAUGGUUACAUAUCCAGGAGCGGAGAUGACUUGACGUAUGUGCCAUAG